UCCAACACGAUGCACCCGACCAGGGAAGCUGGACCAGGCUCGAUGGUCACUGGGCAAUCCGUCCGCUUUUCUGCAUCCUCCAUUGGGGAGAUUUCACUAGCUCGAUAAACCUGGACUUUCCAGCUGUUCGGUCAAAGCUUUCGGCUGAAGCUUCGCCUACCAUAGCUCAGCUCCAAUGAUGGCCUCAUAAAGGACGCUUCCAUGCCACCUCUAACUUAGGAUCUGAGCUCCUCGCCUUCAGAAUCCCCCAAUAUGUUGCUGACCUCGUUGUUCGCGCUCGCCUCGUUUCUGCAACCGAUAACUGGUUGCGAAGAUCAUGACUGGACUUCUCCCGUGCUUGGAGGCUACGUCAACCAUGAUCUUAUGAGGAGGCAUGACCUGAACAAGCGAAUCCAACCAGCAGCAGAUCCGACUCCACCACAAGUGAUCAAAGACUUGCAUUGGGGACAAAUCAACUUUCUGCACACCACGGAUACACAUGGCUGGCUGGCGGGACAUUUGCUGGACGAAAACUACAGCGCCGAUUAUGGCGACUUUGCCGACUUUGUGCAAAAGAUGAAAGCAAAAGCCGAUGCUCUUGGAGUGGACUUGCUUCUCGUCGAUUCAGGAGAUCUCCACGACGGCACGGGUUUUGGUGAUGCUACCACACCCAACGGGAAGCUCACUCUGCCUAUAUUUCAGAAGCUGCCUUACGACUUAUUGUCCAUUGGCAACCAUGAACUCUACACCACGGAAAUCGCGAAUAAUACCUAUCAUAACUUUGCUCCGCAUUGGGGCGGGCGGUACAUCACAUCAAACGUCGAGUUCAACGACACGGGAGUUGUCAAGCCUUUCUCGCAACGCUAUGCCUACUGGAGAACCAAAUUCGGCGUACGCAUCAUGUCAUUCGCCUUCCUCUACAAUUUCACGGGCAACAGCAAUGCAUCAGUGGUGACCCCCGUCGGCACCGCCGUCAAGCAGGACUGGUUCCAACAACAAGUCCAGCGCACAGAUGUUGAUUUGUUUCUCGUCGCCGGCCACAUCACACUGCGCAACUCCACGGAAUGGAACCUGAUCUACGCCGCGAUCCGCGCACAUCACCCAACCACGCCAAUCUCUAUCUUCGGCGGCCACCGCCACGUUCGGGACUCCGUCAUAUUCGACGCCAACGCUGUCGGCAUCGCCUCAGGCCGCUACUGUGAAACGGUGGGCUGGCUCUCGAUCGACGGGCUCGCACCCUCAGUUACUCGCGCAAAAUCACCCCAAGGCAACGCCACAAGGAUCACACACAAACCCUCGUCGAUCCCCGGUGUCACUCCAAACAACAAGUCCGACCUGUCCUACACAAGACAGUAUCUCGACUUCAACCGGUUUACCUUCGAACACCACACCGGCACCACGGAAGCAACAUUCAACUCGACGGCCGGGAUGAACAUGAGCAAAACCAUCACGAACCAGAUCGACAGCCUGCCCAUCCUGACGGAAAAGCUCGGCUGUGUCCCCGCGAGCUUCUACCUGUCGCGCUACCCGAUCACAUCCAACCAGAGCCUGUUCAACUACCUCACCACCACCGUGUUUCCCAAGGUCGUCGUCGACCCGAAACGCACCAACAUGUCGCGCAUCAUCCUCACCAACACAGGCGGGUUCCGGUACGACCUGCUCGAGGGCCCGUUCACCUACGACAACGCGUACCAGACCAAUCCGUAUCAGAACUACUGGCAGCGCAUGACCGCGCCCUGGGCCGUCGCGAAGAGCCUCCUUCUCAAUAUGCAGACGGAUAAAGUGUACAAGCGCGACUUGCUCAAGACGGUCGGCUACGUGACCAAGGAUGACUUUGGCUCCGACGGCGACAACAUCCCGCACAUCGACCAGGGCAACGCGGACGCGCCACAUUAUGUCCAGGCCAACGUCUCCGUGGGCGGGAUCAGUGACGACACACUGGUCGAUGUGUAUGCCACGAGUUUCUUCACCGCCGCCGCGGGCAAGUAUCUCACCGGCAACACGAGUGAUUGGACCAAUGCCGAUGGGAACUUUAGUAGUUUCGAUACCUUGCCCAGGAUGGCGAAGGCCUAUUGGAGUCAGGACUGUUGAGUUUUGGGGAGAGAACAGGCAAAGAGAGUAGUCAGCAUUGUUAAUUGUUGGGACAGAAGGAGAGAAGAAGAGAGUAGAGUGAACGCAAAGUAUGUUGGUUAUAAUGGUACCCCGGUUUCGUGGAGAGUGGAGAGUAGAGAAGAGAGGAGAGAGAUUUAGAUAUGCGCUACAUCACGACCUCUAAAGUAAUGAUAAUGCAGGAUUAUUCUGGACGUCUGUGUUCUGCAGCAGAGGAUGUGACGCGCAGAUCCGAUCAUUCAAG